UUCAAGUGCAUAGGACAGACGGAUGAAUCGUAAGGGUGAUGAAGGCGGUCUUCUGAAAUCCCAUUUUCCUUGCUGAAUUACACAUGCCAAUUAAUAGUUGGGAGCCAUUUGGGCGAGAAUACGUGGCAUCCGGUGGCAAGUUCUACCUUGGACUCUGUUUGCCACCGCCAUGGUUUCUUGCCUCGUCUACCACCUUCAGUUUGGAAUUAGCUUCUCCAUGGUAACUGAUCUUUGCAGAACUUGUCUCGAGACGCAGGAGAAAUUCAUUAGCUGGAAAAGAAGAAGUCGUUCUCGAUGGAGAAAUACCUUGGCAAGGACUUCGAUGAGACGUUUGGGGAGGUGCCUAAACUGCAAACCUAUCGGAAAAUCACUCUUCUACCUCUUGUUUUCCUCAUCUACUAUGAAGUGUCUGGUGGCCCUUUUGGUAUAGAGGACAGUGUUAGGGCUGGUGGCCCUCUUUUAGCACUCCUGGGGAUUCUGGUCUUCCCCAUCGUAUGGAGCAUCCCAGAAGCCUUAGUUACUGCAGAAUUGGGCACAAUGUUUCCUGAAAAUGGAGGUCAUGUUGUUUGGGUUUCAUCAGCCUUGGGGCCAUUUUGGGGAUUCCAAGAGGGGUGGAUGAAAUGGCUUAGUGGGGUCAUAGACAAUGCCUUGUACCCUGUUCUCUUUUUGGACUAUUUGAAAUCGGAGGUUCCCUUUCUAGGGGAAGGAUUACCAAGGAUGUUGGCUGUGUUGCUAUUAACUGUAGCUCUUACAUAUAUGACCUAUAGAGGAUUGAACAUAGUUGGAUGGACUGCCAUAGUAGUGGGUGUUCUGUCUAUUGUUCCGUUUGUUGUAAUGGGAAUUCUGGCCAUACCAAAGAUUAAAUCUAACAGAUGGUUAAUGGUUGAUAUAAGUGAUGUGGACUGGGAGCUAUAUCUAAACACACUAUUUUGGAAUCUCAACUAUUGGGGUUCAAUUAGCACUCUUGCAGGAGAAGUGAAAGAUGCAAAGAGGACUCUCCCAAAAGCUCUUUUUUAUGCACUUAUACUGGUCAUUUUUGGAUACUUUAUACCACUCUUGACUGGAAUUGGAGCUGUUCUCCAUGACAGGGAAUCUUGGACAGACGGGUACUUUUCUGAUAUUGCAAUGAUGCUUGGUGGGGCUUGGUUGUGGUGGUGGAUUCAGGGUGCAUCUGCACUAUCCAACAUGGGCAUGUUCAUUGCUGAAAUGAGUAGUAACUCGUUUCAGCUUCUUGGGAUGGCAGAGAGGGGGAUGCUUCCUGAAGUAUUCAGCAGAAGGUCAUUUCAUGGUACUCCUACGGUGGGAAUUCUUUUCUCUGUUUCUGGCAUUGUUUUCCUUUCUUGGUUGAGCUUUCAAGAGAUCAUUGCUGCUGAGAAUUAUCUUUAUUGUUUCGGAAUGAUCCUGGAAUUUGUGGCAUUCAUGAGCCUUAGGGUGGAGUAUCCGACAGCAACUCGGCCAUAUAAAAUACCAGUUGGGACUGUUGGUGCUGUGUUAUUAUGUAUUGCUCCAACAGCUUUAAUUUUUGUGGUUCUGGCAAUUGCUCCCCUUAAGGUCAUUGCUGUAAGUGUUUUCGCUGUGCUCUUUGGUUUUGUACUCUAUCCGUAUCUUGAGUACAUGAACAGGAAGAAAGUGCUAAAGUUCUCCGUGGCCACUGAUUUCUUUGAUCUCCAUGCGAUGGAUAACGAAGGUGCUGAAUCAAAUAUAGAACGAACUGGCCUUCUCUCUGUUCAUGGGAGGCGAUGA